AUUUCGCUCUGCGAGGAUUCGUUUCAAGUCUACGAGUAAAUUGUGAAGAUGCCACCGAAAGCAAGCGGAAAAGCCGUGAAGAAAGCUGGUAAAGCUCAGAAGAACAUCAGCAAGACUGAUAAGAAAAAGAAGAGGAGGAGGAAGGAGAGUUACGCUAUCUAUAUUUACAAAGUAUUGAAGCAAGUCCAUCCUGACACUGGAAUCUCGAGCAAGGCCAUGAGCAUCAUGAACAGUUUUGUCAACGACGUUUUUGAACGCAUUGCUGCCGAAGCUUCCCGUUUAGCUCACUACAACAAAAGAUCUACCAUCACUUCUCGGGAAAUCCAAACUGCAGUCAGACUUUUGCUGCCUGGCGAAUUGGCCAAACACGCAGUGUCUGAAGGCACUAAAGCUGUAACCAAGUACACCAGCUCGAAGUAAAACGCCUACGAUUUCGAGUUCAUUCAACCGGCCCUUUUUAGGGCCAACAAUAUUUUAAAACGUAGACAAUUUUGUUUUUACUGAACCCAAUCACCUCCUUGUGUUCUCUGUUUCCUGUAUCUUUAUUUAACUCAUGCAAUUUAUGGAGUACCUAUAAGAAUUGAGCGACGAUAAGUAAUACUUUGAUUUUUUGUUUACGUCAUAGUUGAAACGAUAAGACGAUGUUAUUUGUAGUAAGAAAUACUGUGAAAUGUGAUAUUCUAAGAUUCUAAUUACUGUCAGUUCAGCGUGACAUGCUAUGUAAUUGUCGUUUUGAAGUAAUUUGAACCUCAAAUCUUGAAAUUCUAAGUUAUUUUUUCUUCCACAAUAAAGAAAGUUCCUAAAAUUAAUUACUUGUGUGAUAAAUAUUUGUAUGUAAAUUAAAGACGACGCAUUGAAUACAGUAUAAUAUCUUCUUCUCAACGUUUUUCUGUACUUGAUCAGUUUUAUAAAGAAUGUAAUAUUAUGUAAUCAUAUUUUUUAUAAGGUACUAGAAAUGAUUUUUUGUAUUAGCUAAUGUAGUAAAACGGAUGGAAGUUUGUGCACUGUGAAAGAAAAGCUUGAAGUCAGGUAGCUGAGAGAGGAAUAGGAAGAGAAAGAGAAAACUGCAUAUACGACAGCAUAGGACCAUGCAUACCAACCAGGGCUCUCGUAAUUCAUCCCACGGCCGGAAAGUGGGGACGACGCGACCAUGGUGGGACCAAUAGU